AUGGCUAGAUAUGGCCCAGCAAUUGUGGCUGAGAUGGAGGACAGAGUUCAUUGUUUUGUGGCGGGUUUAAGGCCGCAUUUGAUAGAUGGUUGUACGACUGCCGCAUUACAGCCGGGCAUGGAAAUAUCUCGUAUACAAGCAUAUGCACAGAAUUUGGAGGAGCGCAAGCGUCAGCGGAGGACUGAGCGUGAUCGUGACCGGGGCCAUGGCAAGAGGGAUAGAUCUUUAGAUAUCGGGGGUGCGUCUCGGGAGGACAGAGACAACAAUCAGAGUUCUAGAGCUUCGAGUUCUCGGAAUAGACAAGAGUCAGGCCAGAUGAGACCCCCUUUGCUGCGUUGUGCCCAGUGUGGCAAGUUACAUGCAGCUGCAGCUCUUGGCGGAACUGGUACGACCGCUGGCUGGGCUUGUGCUGCUGCAUCUCCCGUUGCCUCAUUAGGAACCACUGAAGGCACGGGAUCAUCCACUGGGACUCUGCCCCCAGCUGGGGCUUCCCCUCUACCAGCUCCUCCACCUCCUCCUCAUCCUCUAGCUACUGCCGAGCGUGUUCUCGCCAUCUUCGAGAGAGUGAAGGACAAUUAA